AUGAUCAUCAAGGUUCUGGAAGUAGACAAUCGUACUGCGACAACACAUUUUAUUCUGCUUGGAUUUCUAACACGACCUGCCUUCCAGUUUCUGCUCUUCUCUGUCUUCCUGGUGACCUAUCUGCUGACACUGGUAGAGAACCUUCUCAUCAUCCUGGCCAUCCGCAGUGAUGGGCAACUGCACAAGCCCAUGUACUUCUUUCUAAGUCACCUCUCUUUCCUGGAGAUGUGGUAUGUCACUGUCAUCAGUCCCAAGAUGCUGGUAAACUUCCUCAGCAAGGAUAAGAGCAUCUCCUUCAAUGGCUGCAUGACACAACUUUACUUCUUUGUAACCUUUGUCUGCACUGAGUACAUACUCCUUGCUGUCAUGGCCUUUGAUCGCUAUGUAGCCAUUUGCAAUCCACUACGCUACCCUGUCAUUAUGACCAGCCAGCUUUGUGGACUACUGGCUGGGGGGUGCUGGUUCUGUGGGCUCAUGACAGCCAUGAUUAAGAUGGUCUUCAUAGCUCGGUUGCGCUACUGUGGCACACCACAUAUCAAUCACUACUUCUGUGAUAUCUCUCCACUCCAUGUCUCCUGUGAGGACUCCUCCCAGGCUGAACUGGUAGACUUCUUCUUAGCCCUCAUGGUCAUUGCUGUGCCUCUUGGUGUGGUAGUGACAUCUUAUGUCACCAUCCUCAUCGCCAUUCUCAAGAUCCCAUCAGCUCAGGGGCGUCAAAAGGCUUUCUCCACCUGUGCCUCUCACCUGACAGUUGUAACGCUUUUUUACUCCACAACCCUUUUUACGUAUGCCCGUCCUAAGCUCAUGUAUGCCUACAACUCAAACAAAGUGGUGUCUGUCCUCUACACUGUCAUCGUUCCCCUUCUCAAUCCCAUCAUCUACUGUUUGAGGAACCGUGAUGUAAAAAUGGCCCUAAAAAAGACGAUACUUUGCAAUAGAAGUGGACCUGGGGGAGAUGGGGAUUUCAGUAGUUAA